AUCACCGUCCGUGUUAUCUGCUUAUGCCCGCCGACCGUGCAAACCAUCGCCGUACCUCCACCGACGAUGCUACUCGUCAGAGGGAACAAGAGCUGCGUCGCGCAAGGGGGGAGAUUGCUUGUAUCGAGUGCCAGAGGUUGAAACUAAGGUGUGAUAGGAAGGUCCCGUGUGCGUCAUGCAUUCGCCGUAAUCGCGCUGCAAUGUGCCCGAAUGGUCAUGCCUGGACAGACCAAGAGACGCGCUCAUUGCUCUCGGACACCGCUCAACUCCAUCGUAAGUUGAGUGAAAUGAGCCAAAGGAUACGGCAACUCGAAGACGCUCUGGAAAUAUCUCACUCUGCCAACUCGUCCACUCAUCAUCCCUUGCUGAGGGAAGAACUUCUUGCCAUCAAGCGCGGCGUCGUGCCUCCCGCACCUCCCGCACCGGAAGGGGAACCGGAGGGUGAUUAUGUUGAAGCAUUGGGCACCAUGAGCAUUUCCGAAAGGGGCGUUUCCCGUUUCAUUGGCCGUUCAGGUGGAGGCGAGAGUUUGUUCCUUCUUGGAAAUGAUGGCGAGCAAGGCCGCGCAAAACCAUUCACCGAGGAGUUAUUCCCACAAUUGUUAUCGCGGCGGUCUGACGCCUGGCUAUUCAUGCCUCCGAAUACAUCCGCGGCGACUAUACUUUCUAUAAUCGAGGCCCAUAUGCCACCGUUCACCCGAGCAAGUUCGUUAUGCGAGGCAUACCUCGAGAAUUUUUCGUGGAUUUUACGAGUUGCUGGACGACCGCAGAUCGUUGAGGAGCUUCUUCCAAGUUGUUACCGUGGCUCUGGACCUCUUGGUGGACCGCAUCUUACCAUGACCGAGGGCGAGACUCAGUAUGGAGCGACCUGCAUUCAUGAACUCGCCCUACUCUUGAUGAUUUUUGCUGCGGGCGCCUUGGCGGAUCUGACUCUCCCACCUUACAAUGACGAGGCAGAACGGUAUUAUCAGAUGUCACUUGCUGCAUUGAGCUUAACGCGAGUAAUCGGCUCUCCGACGCUACCUGCUGUCCAGACGGUGGCUCUAAUGGGAGCAUAUAACGCACAUUGUGGACAUAAUAGCACUCUUGAUUUGGCUGGGUCUCUAUUCGCGCUCGCCGCGAAUAUGGGUGUAAGCAUGGGUCUUCACAGAGACGUUACCAAAUGGAACAUUUGCGAGUCUAAUGCCGACCGAAGGAGACAUGUCUUUUGGGAGUUAUUUACAUGCGACUGCUGGCAUAACAUAGCUAACGGAAAACCUCCAUCAUUCGUUCUUAGAUACUGUGACUGCCGUUAUCCUGAGAGAGGUUCCGAAGACGUGGUAAAGGAUGGCCGGAAAGAGGUCAGCUGUGAGUACUGGAGGCUUCGCCAUCAGAUGUCGCGCAUCUUAUAUGCCGCUAGUGAUCUCUUUUCCAGUGUCCAGCCCGUACGAUACGCGCAGAUUCUAGAAAUAGACCGCAUGAUUUCGGAAUUUGUCAUACCAACGCAUCUGCAGGUUCCUGCAGAAGGCGAAAGUAUGGAAGCCGACGGUCCGUUGCUCAUUAUGCAGCGUCUGGUUCCAGCUGUAUGCAGAGAUGGAUUACUGAUGUAUAUUCACCGAGGAUUCUUUGCGAAGGCUUUACUUGAGCAUCCAGCGGAUCCUAUGCUGAGCCAGCACUCCCAUUCUUAUCUCUCUGCUUAUCGAGCGGCGCUUUCCAUGAUCAAAGUGGUACGUGAGCACUAUCUCGCGUUCCCCAAUCUCGUAAGCCGGUUCUGGUCUCUAUGGUCGCAUGCUUUCUCCGCAACGGUAAUUAUAGCCUCAAUUGUUGUUAAAGGCCGUGAUCCGGAUACCGUGCGCACGGCACUUGUCGAACUAAAUCUGGCAGUCGGACUUUUCGAGAAAGCGGCGCAGCUUUCGGACAGAGCGAAGCGCAGUUUACCCACACUAACUCGCUUCCGUGAAAAGGCGCAUAAAGCUGCGCGAGCAUUGGGAGAAACUCAUUCACAAGCAUGUCUUUCGGACGUAAAGGCACCAGGUGAAUAUGACGACGAAUUAUUGAUUUUCGCGGGAAAGAACAACAUCGUGAAACCGAAAGACGAGCCACGGGAAGUGACGCUCGCGUCCCAAACAUCAACUCCGCCGACAUCCUCCGCCGUUUCAGCUGCAUCCGUUCUGCGUUCCAAUUCUGUACCUAUACAAAGGCAAUUUCAGGAUCAGGACACGUUGCUUACUAGGAGCAAUAGUCUUAGCCAGGCUCACAAUUCGCCCCACGAUUCGACGUUGCCACCGACGCCGGAGGGAGACGGUAACGCCCGAAGCGCAUCGAUGAAUGUCGACUUGCCGAGCGCCUGGACAGCAUGGUCUGACCAAGAAGCUUUGUUGAUAAAUUAUCUGUCAUCCGGUGCGGACCUGCAUUUCGCGCAGAACGCAGCGUUCACAGGUGAGCCGGAUCCAAGUUCGUUUAUGUGGGCGGAGAUGAGUACUGCAACCACGCCGGAGGCUAGUAGCCAAGAUUCUGCGAAGUUGCAGCAGCAACAGCAACAGGCAUCGUCGGGAGACUCUAGCGGCUUAUUUAACGGAAUGGGAGGGGUUAAUGGCCAAGAGCCGUCUACGUUCGUGAACAUGCCCGAUGGCGGUCUCAACAUGCCUCAGAGUCAAUUCCAGAUGCAAGCUGGGAUGACACCAUGGGAUGUGUUCUUCUGAUUAUGGUGUUCUUCCUUUUCUCUGCUUGGGCGACUCGUUCUUUACACGCAUUCCAUCUACUCUGACCGUAUUUUUGCGGCGUCAUAUUUCUACAUGCCUACCGUGGACCAUAUAUAAGAAGUCUACAGUGAUAUAGUCUCUAUUGUUUGCUAGUUCCGUACUUGGAUGUAUUCGUAGGUAACCUGUGAUAUUACUUGUUCUUGAUUAGACCGACUACCUUAUACUCAAUAGAUUCGC